AUGAAACAGCUCACACACGACUCGACCAUUCUCCUCGUUGGUGGAGGAACAUGGGGUUGCAGCACCGCUCUGGAACUGGCUCGGCGGGGCUAUAAGAAUAUCACAGUGUUGGACUCAAGCCCAAUUCCCUCUCCUAUCUCAGCCGGAAACGAUGUAAACAAAAUUAUGGAAGAAGGCUUUCCGUCAUCCACAGACUCCGAUGAAGAUUAUGUCUGGAACCGGAUGCACCAACUGGCCACCAACAAAUGGAAGAGAGAUUCGGUAUACCGACCUUUUUAUCAUCCUACGGGAUUUGUAAUGGCCGCUUCGCAAGAUGAUGCUCGUCACGAAGUCGAUUCAUAUAUUAAGUCAUGCCAACAUAAAGUCAGACUGCUGUCUACUCCAGAGGAGUUCCGUAGUACUAUGCCAGAAGGCAUCCUAAUCGGUGACUUUCCAGGGUGGAAGGGCUUCUUUCAAGAAACUGGUGCUGGUUGGGUGUUUGCCCGUGGAGCUCUUGAGGCUGCCUACCACGAGGCUACGAGACUGGGGGUCCAAUUUGUGACGGGAGAGAGCAAGGGAAAGGUCGCCCGUCUGCUUUAUGAUUCCGAGAAUGUGAUUGGCGCUCAAACAGUUGACGGCACCAAGCAUCGAGCUGAUCAGACGAUUCUCUGUGCGGGUGCGAAUAGUGAUCAGCUCUUUGAUUUUGAGCGUCAGCUUCGGCCGACCGCUUGGACACUCGCUCAUAUACAAAUGACCGAUGAGGAACGGAAAUUGUGGAAGGAUCUCCCAGUGUUGUUCAACGUGAACUCUGGGUUCUUCAUGGAACCCGACGCACAAAAAGGCGAACUGAAAUUCGUCGAUGAGCACCCUGGAUACUGCAAUUUUAUCAAGGACCCAGAGACUGGCGAAGAGAUGUCAAUCCCUUUUGCCAAACACCAGAUUCCUAUACAGUCAGAACAAAAAGCAAGGGAAUUCCUUCGUCAGACGGUACCUCAAAUCGCCGAUCGACCUUUCUCAUUCGCACGUAUCUGCUGGGACGCUGAUACACCUGACCGAGUAUUUCUCAUCGAUCAUCAUCCAAAGUACAAGUCACUUGUUCUCGCGGUUGGUGGCUCCGGAGAUGGGUUUAUGAUGAUGCCUGCUGUUGGCGUCGCAAUUGCGGAUGAAUUAGAGGGUAUUCUUGAAUUGAAGCUAAAGAAGGGAUUCAGAUGGAGGCCCGAAACAGCGGUAGGAAGGAAUUGGAGAGAUACUCAGAACAGAUGGGGAGGAGGCGGAGAUGUGCGAGACUUUCAGAAAGUGGAUGAAUGGACUCAUAUUCGAGAAUCGGUCGCUGCUUGAUUUGCUAUGAAUAGUUAAUGAUCUUGGUCCAGCUGGCUUUCGGCUUGACAAUGUCGAGCCUUGUCUUACUAAGGCCAUUGAUGCGAAAUGAACAAAGCUCGGCCGUGUUCCGCGUCGACUUUCAGCCCAUAAUUAGAUAGGACUGAGUGAACGAUCGACCUGUAACCUAUCACUUGGCAAUUCUACCUCGAUGUUGUUG